AUGGCCCGUCGUCCCGCGAGAUGCUACCGUUACUGCAAGAACAAGCCCUACCCUAAGUCCCGGUUCAACCGUGGUGUUCCCGACCCCAAGAUUCGUAUCUUCGAUCUCGGUCGUAAGAAGGCCAACGUGGACGACUUCCCCACCUGUGUCCACCUUGUCUCCAACGAGUACGAGCAGCUGUCCUCCGAGGCUCUCGAGGCCGCCCGUAUUUGUGCCAACAAGUACCUGGUCAAGAUCGCUGGUAAGGAAGGUUUCCACCUGCGUGUCCGUGUCCACCCCUUCCACGUCGUCCGUAUCAACAAGAUGUUGUCGUGCGCUGGUGCCGAUCGUCUGCAGACCGGUAUGCGUGGUGCCUUCGGUAAGCCCCAGGGUGUUGUCGCCCGUGUGAACAUCGGCCAGGUCAUUCUGUCCGUCCGCACCCGUGACUCCAACCAGGCUACCGCCAUCGAGGCCCUCCGCCGUUCCAUGUACAAGUUCCCCGGUCGCCAAAAGAUCAUUGUCUCCAAGAACUGGGGUUUCACCCCCGUCCGUCGCGAGGACUACGUCGAGAUGCGCGAGGCCGGCAAGCUCAAGCAGGAUGGUGCCUACGUCCAGUUCCUGACUGGCCACGGCAAGAUCGAGGACAACAUGCGCCGCUUCCCCGAGGCUUUCGCUGCUGAGGCUUAG